AUGAGGAAUCAUUUGAUAAGAUGCAAGGAAAAUCCUAAUAGAGAAGCAUUCAAAAGGCAAAAACUGUCAUCAUCAACUACAGAAGGGGCUAGUGUUGGCCCUUCACCAACUAUUUCUAAGUUUGACCAGAAUGCAUCUCGAAUGAAGUUGGUGAAGAUGUUUGUGAAAUCUGAGCUUCCUUUUCGAUUUGUGGAAGAUGAAGACUUCCGUGACUUUGUACGAUCCUUGCAACCACGAUUUGAGGUCCCAUCCCGCACUACAUUAAGGCGUGAAAUGUGGCAAUUAUAUGAAGAGGAAAAAACAAAGUUGAAAAUUUUUCUAUCAAAGCAGUGUGGGAGGGUUUGCUUAACUACAAACACAUGGACUUCAAUCCAAAACCUAAACUACAUGAGUUUAACAGUUCACUUUAUUGAUGAUGAUUGGAAGGUUCAUAAGAAAAUUUUGAAUUUUUCUCAAACAACAGGUCAUUCAGGGGAGCUCAUUGCUAAACAUGUUGAGGCUUGUUUGAAUAAUUGGGAGUUGAAGCGAGUCCUUAGUGUCACUGUGGAUAAUGCUACAGCAAAUGAUGUUGGGGUCCAAUACCUCAAAAGAAGGAUGUUAUCAUGGAAUUGUCUUGUCUUAAAGGGAGAAUAUGUUCAUAUGCCUAGAUUUGCUAGAUUCAAGGCUUGUGUUGAACAAGAGGGAAUUUCUUAUAAAGGUCUUGUUUGCCUUGAUGUUGAAACCAGAUGGAAUUCAACUUAUCUAAUGUUAAAGGCAAGCUUGAAGUACAAAGAUGCAUUUGUCUUGCUAGAUAUACAAGAUAAGAAAUUUGGUGCUGAAAUGGCCAAAAGUAGUGGUGUGCCAUUAGAAGAGGAUUGGGAAUAUGCGAGGUCUGUUCUACCAUUCUUAAAGAUGUUUUAUGACUCUACCAUGCGCAUUUCUGGUUCUUCUUAUGUCACUAGUCAUAUGUAUAUGAAGGAGGUGUUUGGAAUUGGUAAAAAGAUUCGACAAUAUUCUGAGAGUAGUGAUGUGAGCAUAAGAUCGAUGGCAAUGAGGAUGAAGGGUAAGUAUGAAAAAUAUUGGGGAAAUCCCAAUGGAAUUAAUAUACUAUUAUUGAUUGCUGUUGUGCUUGACCCUAGGAGUAAGUUGGAUUUUGUUAAUUACUUCAUUGACUAUAUAUUUGAAUCUAGCAUGGCCAGUGGAUUGAAAUCAAAAUUAUUGUCAUCUUUAAAAGCACUUUAUGAUCAAUAUCAAGGGAUUGAGGAGGGUUCUCAAAGUAGCCAACAAGAAUCCCAACUAGAUGAUGAAGAUGAUGAUCCUCAUGGCAUGAGUUUCUACCUAAGAGCUACAGGACGUAGAUUUGAUUAUAUAUCAGAGCUUGAUAAAUAUUUGAGAGAGGAUCCUGAACCUUAUACAAAAUCAGUUGAGCUUGAUGUUUUACAUUGGUGGAAGGUCAACUCAACUAGAUUUCCUAUCCUUGCAAACAUGGCUCGAGAGUGGAAGUACUUGUUUGCACACAAGAUUGGUUAA